AGAGGGGGGUGGCGUCCGCUCCCUCGAGUCCUCGGUGUCGGGGAAUUCACCGCUCACCAUCCCCUGCCCCGCUUUCGGUCCUGCUCCGGGGACCAAACCACUGAAAGGCAGUGACGGGAAAGGGGAUCCUCUGCUGGAGAGUUGAGGGAACAUGAGCCAUUUGCAAAGCUUAUUGUUAGACACCCUCUUGGGAACCAAGCACGUGGAUGGUGCAGCCCUCAUCAAAAUCCAGGAGCAGAGCCUGUCUGUGGCAUCACCAGGUUUCAAUGUAAUGCCCGGUGAUGUCCGAACACUGGUGAAUGGAUUUGCCAAGAACCCUUUGCAAGCCCGGAGAAAAGGACUGUAUUUCAAGGAAAAGUAUUACAAAUGUGUCCGGGCGGAUGACUAUUCUCUUUAUGCCAAAAAUGAGAACACUGGUGUGGUUGUCGUGAAGACUCAUCUGUAUCUUCUGGUGGCAACUUACACUGAGAGCAUGUAUCCUAGUGUCUGUGUGGAAGCCACAGAGAAGCUGGGAGACUACCUAAGAAAAAAAGGAAAUUAAGUCAUCAGAGGCCCGUGAAAGACACUUUUAUUAUUUUAGAAGAAAAUUGGAGAGCCUAAAGAAAAAAUAAUAUUUUAUGGUUGAAAAACACUAAAUGGAAGGUACUAAAAAAGAAGAAUGAAUUCAGGGAACAAUUUUUAUUACUUCAAGAGAUCCUCUUUUUUCAUUGGAAUUACUUGAUCAACUGUUUUUUUUAUUAGUGUUGGUCAUUGGCAUGGAACAUGAGAGCACUGAUCAUUUCAUGGAGCAUAUCUAUUGGGAGUCUCCUUUCCUUGAGGCUAUUUUACACAAGGUGUGUACUUUACACACCUUGCUAAGUAUGCCAAGAAUGCAAGGUUCUCACCACUCUUUAUCCAGGACAUUUCUCAGGGUUACAUUGCAGCAAGCAACCUUGAAAAAUGAAGGGGUGUCUCCCUUGAGGACAAAAAGCAAGCUUGCUUACUGUUUGCUAUAAAAGCAGUGGAGUCCCUGAGCUCAGGGUUCCCCUGCUGCAAUGCAACUCCCUGCAUGUGUGACAUCUAUCUGGCCCACAUCACCCCUGUGAGACUUGGGAGAAGGGACCACUAGUCAAAGUAUAAGGGUGGAGAGCUAUAGAACCUAUUUUGAAAAUUAAAGAUUCUAGCCUAU